CUGGUAGCUCACAAAUAGCGAAUUGUUGUUGCGAAGGGAAAAGUCAAAGAAAGUCGAAAAUAGAAAUGUCUGAAAAUAAUUCCAGAUUCUUGCAAAAUUAAGCCAAAAUAAUAGAUUUUUAAGUGAUUACAACGACGUUUGUUGUUCUAAUUCAAUUAUUAUCCGUAGUUUGAACGAAUUUUAAAACCAAGACAAAAUAGCCAUCAUUUAGACCCACUGGCCGAGAAAGAAGGUGGUUGAUCGGUGAAAUCUUUAUUUUCGGGUUUUGCCAAGGCGUUAACAAUUGUGUUGAAAGUACAUAUGUUAUAAAAAUGUCAGUCAAUGGCUCUGAAAUAAAAGAAAACUAGUAAAUGUUGAGUAAUCAAAAAAAGUAUUACAAAUAAAAUAUGUGUGGGGCUUUAACAAAACUCGUAUGCUACAGGAAAAAGCAUAAUGCCAACGGCAAGCGAGACUUCCAGCUGAAGCAAUCUCAAUCAGAACGGUAUUCUCAAAUAGGAGGCACAGCCAAGCAAACCCCAUUAGCUGAUUGGAGAAUUGUGCCACCUGCUAAGUCGGUGAGGCCUUUAAAAUUGUCCCUGCUGUCGUCUUCCAACUGCAACGUGUCGAUAAUGAUAGCUUCAAUUUCACCUGCGCAUAUUUUACCAAUAUUUAACGCGAAAUACCGGCGGAAAUUUUUGUUCCUCCUGCUACUGUUAAUCUUCCAUAGUUGUUUCAGUGAGUUGAGCCGGGUGUCUGCAUUUAAUUGCACAGCUCAGGGCAAUCGAUGCCAAAAUGAAGGACAGUGUCAGAAGGACGGCCAAUGCCUAUGUGCUGAUGGCUGGCAAGGGCCGGAGUGCCAGUUUUGCGGAGGAAAAGUAAGAUUAUACCAUCCGUCUGGAACAAUUCAUGAUGGACAGGGAAAUUACUCGGUUAGUGUUAAAUGUAGUUGGCUUAUCGACGCGCGACAUCCCCAUUCAAAUUCUUUGCGAACACCUUCAAUUCGUAUUCACCUGCGUGAAUUUGCUACUGAAUGUGGUUGGGAUCACCUGUAUAUUUACGAUGGCGAUAGUGUGGAUUCCCCACUACUAGCAGUAUUUAGCGGACUUAUGUAUAGAGCUGAUUUCGCUAUACGAAGAGUACCACAGGUGAUUGCAAGGUCAGGGACAGCGCUUCUUCAUUUCUUUAGCGAUGAUGCCUACAAUAUGUCUGGUUUCAAUCUAGCAUACAAAAUGGAUGGUUGUCCUACAAGCAUAGAGGAUCUUGAGUGCUCUGCUCAUGGAAGAUGCAGUGAUGGUGACUGCAUUUGUGAUACCUUGUAUAAAGGUGAGGCUUGUGAUGUAGCUGCAUGCCCCAAUAAUUGCUCGGAGGAUAAAGGCCAGGGCACAUGUAAAGAGGACGAAGAAAGAUGCAUGUGUAAUGAAGGCUUUGGCGGCAACGAUUGCGGGCAACUCAAGGCGCUUGGUGUUUGGUCCACUAUUUAUCCAACACAGUCACCCCCUCCACCAGGCACGGCAUCACAUGGUGCAGCUGUGUGGCGUGAUACCCUUCAUAUAAUAGGUGGAGAGUCGUACGGUCGCGGAGAGCUAAUGACGACUUAUGAUUUCAAUGGCAAUGUGUGGGAAACCUUGCAUAUUGAUGGCGCAGGUAGUGUACCUGAAAAACGAUACGGAGCCUCGACAGUUAUGUAUGGAGAUAAAAUUUUCAUGUACGGCGGUGUGAUUGAAGGACGAGGUAUAUCAAAUGAGUUAUGGGCAUUUGAUGUUUCUGCCAAAACCUGGGAAAAUAUAACGGUUAAGAGUGAUUCAUGUAAUUCAACUGCUUUAACUUCGUAUGCUAUGUGUGGUCCAUUACGAGUAGCAGGUCAUACGGCGACUUUAGUGCCAGGAUUCGGUGAAAAAAACAAUUACCAAUAUAUGAUUGCAAUUUUCGGGCAUUCUCCACAAUAUGGUUACCUGAAUACAGUGCAAGAGUUUAAUUUCGGAACACGUGAAUGGAAGAUUGUUGAAACGUAUGGUUAUGUGGUAAAAGGGGGUUUCGGCCAUAGCGCAGCAUUUGAUUAUUUAACUGAAAAGGUCUAUGUUUAUGGCGGUAUUAUAUCGGAGAGUGAGUCCAGUCAGGUGCUUAGUUCAAAAUUGUUCGCAUACGAGCCAUCCACUCGCACUUGGACCUCAUUGUCUGCGGCACCAAGUGCACGUUUACUACAUACGGCCAACUUUAUAAAUCAUGGACUCAUGAUGGUCUUUGGCGGCAAUACUCAUAAUGACACUUCACAAAGUUACGGUGCAAAGUGCUAUAGCCAAGAUUUAUUGGUAUACGAUGUGUAUUGUGAUUCGUGGCAUGUACAGGAGAUGCCGGAACAUUUGCAAACUGAUUUAGCCAGGUUUGGUCAUAGCGCUGUUGUGUUCGAGGACGCACUUUAUAUUUAUGGCGGUUUCAACGGCCAAUUAUUAAAUGAUAUGUUACGAUUCAGGCCUGGUUACUGCAGUUUUUAUACAAAGCAAGAAAAAUGCACCAACGGUCGUCCGGGCGUCAAAUGUAUAUGGGAUGUGCAAAAGAUGCGCUGCAUUCCCAUAACGCAGGUACAACGUUCAGCGAUAUUCGGUCGAGAACCAUACGAUUAUGUAGUUUGCCCACCAAAAAGUCGCCUCACAAUGACUUCAGAAUUACUGAAUGAUGUUCUACGUUGUCAAGAACUCAGUAAUUGCCAAUCAUGCGUGGCGAAUUCAUACGGCUGUACUUAUUGUGGAAAUGGUGUUUGCGCAAGGGAGCGAUGUCGUGAGACCACAUCAAUAACAACAUUAUUCUAUGAAGCUAAUAGCCAACAGAAACACCAACAACAACAACACCAACAAUUUGUGCCGCCAGCCACGCCAAGUGCGAAUAUUAAACACCUCGACAAUUGUCCAAAAAUAGAAGAUUUCAUGAUUACCACAGUUUGUGAACAGUUGCACAGCUGUCACGCCUGCUCCGCAAAUAUGGCCUGCAGUUGGGAUGCCGAGCAUAAUCGUUGCAGACCCUAUCUUUCCAAUAAUGUACAUUUCAAUCGCACCCGAGACGAUAUCAUUUGUCCACAACCGUGUGCCACGUUGACAAAUUGUCACAACUGCACUGAAGAUGACUGCAUUUGGUGCCAGAAUGAGCAGAGGUGUGUCGAUCGAAAUGCAUACACGCCCAGCUUUCCAUACGGACAAUGUAGAGAAUGGACCACUCACGCAGCAAAAUGUCGUUCGCCUCCCACAAACACUGCUAUCGGCCAGUCAACCGCUGCACAGUCCAGUGCACAAUGUGGGUUCUAUAACAGUUGUGCUCAAUGCUUGGAUGAUCCGGCGUGUGGUUGGUGUGACGAUGGUUCGAAUACGGGCUUGGGGAAAUGCAUUGCUGGGGGAGCAUUGUCGCCUUACGAUUCGAACGAGUGCCAACUAAAACAUUGGUUUUUUACUUCUUGUCCACGUUGUAAUUGCAAUGGCCACUCUCACUGUCCUGAUUAUAUAAAUUGUGAGCAACCAUGUUCGAAUCUUACCACCGGUCAACAUUGUGAAAAAUGUAGCAAAGGUUAUUGGGGAAAUCCAAUUAAUGGCGGUCACUGUGAAAAGUGUGAGUGUAAUGGUCAAGGUGAAAACUGUCAAUCUGAUACAGGAAAGUGUUUUUGCAAUACGAAAGGCAUAGUUGGCGAUCACUGCGAAAAAUGCGAUACGCAGAAUCAUUACAAUGGCGACCCAAUGAAAUCGUCAUGCUACUACGAAUUAACCAUAGACUAUCAGUUUACCUUUAAUCUAUCAAAGAAAGAGGAUAGACAUUUUACGAAGAUAAAUUUUCGAAAUUCGCCACAAAAGCCCGAGAUUGAUGCUGAUUUCUCAAUAACAUGUAGUGUACCUGCAAAAAUGGAUAUAUCCGUUAAACGUGCUGGCUUCCCGGAAAAGCUUCUAUUUAUGGGUAUUAACUGCUCCACGUUCAGGCAGAGAUUUCCCAAAACGGAAUACUCUUUUGGGCAUUCGCUAGAAGAUAACAGCUCCAUAACAACAUUCUAUGUAUUUGUUCAUGAUUUUCGACCACCAAUUUGGAUUCAAAUAGCUUUUUCGCAAUAUCCAAAACUUAAUCUACAACAAUUCUUCAUAACAUUCUCAACAUGCUUCUUAUUGCUCCUGCUUAUGGCAGCUGUCUUAUGGAAAAUCAAGCAAAAAUACGAUAUGUUUCGCAGAAGGCAGCGACUAUUUGUCGAAAUGGAACAAAUGGCGAGCCGUCCAUUUUCACAGGUUGUAGUGGAAAUUGAAAAUAGAGAUUCUAUUGAUUUAACACAUACCAUGGAGGGCGUAACUCAUCUGACCAAAAAGCGUAAAAAGGAUUGCCCCAGUCCUAUAGCACUGGAGCCCUGCAGUGGCAAUCGAGCUGCUGUGUUAUCACUUUUAGUUCGUUUACCAACAGGUGGCUUGCAGCAUGCGCCUGCCGGACAGUCGGCUGGUUUGGCCGUAGCCAGUGCUCUCGUAACAUUGGGCAAUCCACGGCGACCAUCUAUUGAACACUCAAAAGAGCCAAAAUCUAAACGAAAACAAAGUCAGCAUCCUGAUAGUUGUACAUAAUGAUUGUGAAGAGUAUUCAGUGUAACAUUAAUUAACAGCGAAGUUUAUAAAAGUAUUUCCUUUAUAAGUACAUACAUUCGUGAACAAGUACUUGGAUAUAUGUUUACACUCUGCAUUUGAAUAUCUAAAUCAAUCGAUCAUAACCAUACAUACAGAUGUAUGUGGUGUUAGCGCGGCGGAGUAACAUUAGAAAUGCCUUUAUACAACUUACAUAAUUAUAAUGUUAUUAAAAUUACUCGGUACUAAGGCAGAGUUACUGAUUUGCUUCACAUAAUAAUUACACUUACCUUUUAGUAAUAGUAAUUGUAAAAUAUUUAUUGUAGUUACAAAUUU